CGAAAUUUGUGAUAAAAAGCAUUUGCCAAAACUCGACUAUAAAAGGGGCAGACGACGCUACAGUCAGCAUAGAAACUAACUAACAAAUUAACUUUAUCAACAUGAUUUCCAACAAAUUUCUGAUCAUGAGCCUUGCUCUAUUCGCUUUGAUCCUGGCUGCUUCUGCCCAAGAUAGCGGCGAAAAGAUCGCUGAUCGUCGAUUCCGCUGGGUUGGAUCCAACGAGCAGGAGCAGGAGGAUGACGUAGAUGAGGAAGUCAAGGAGGAGGAAGAAGUUGAAGAGGAAGAAGAGCCAGUGGAAGAUGCAGACAGUCUUGAAGAAGAUAAAGAAGAAGAAUCUGCGGAAGAGCAACUCGACAGCGAAGACUCAGAGGCAGAUGCCUAA